AUGAAGUUCUUCGUGUGCAUCUUGGCUGUGCUGGCUGUGGCCCAGGCUGCCCCAGGUCUCCUGCCCCAUGUGGAUAGCCACCAUGGCUACCACCAUGAGGAACUGCCUCAUCUGCUGGACGCUGAGAUCCAUCAUUCGGAUGGCAUCCAUCUGGGACACAGUGCCGCUUUGGUGCACGAUGAUCACCAUCUGAACCACCAUCUCGAUCACCAUUUGGAUCACCACCUAGUGGAGUCGCUGCCAACCACAGUGUACCACCAUGAGCCGCUCCACUACCACUACGCUCGCCUGCACUCCGCUCCGGUGGUGCACCACCAUCAUCAUGACACCCACGCUGCCGUGGUGCAUCACAGUAUUCCGGCCCACUUCGAUGUCCACAGCCACUCGAACCUGCUGUCCUUCGCCAAGCACGCCCUGCACGGAAAGUACGGAAAGGUCAGGAUUACCGAGACCCAUUAUUGAGAGAUUCCAAAAACAUCCAUUGUCCAUAAAACCUCUGACUAGCCAAACGCUCCCUCAUGACUCAUAAUUUAUUAGGUCAAUAGUUAAGCUAACGAAAAAUAACUCGAUUAAACGGGUGACAAGUUGA